AUGAUAUUUGCUCCUUUUACGGGCAAGGAUAAUCAUGGUCGCCAUGUGACAUUUGCUGCUGGCCUUUUGUCCAAGGAAAAUGCCAACUUCUUUUCAUGGUUAUUUAACCAAUUUGUAAAGUGUAUGGGUGUGGCUCCCAAACUCAUUGUAACGGACCAAGACUUAGGAAUGAAAGUUGCUGUUGAGGAGGUCCUUGUCAAUACAAGACACCGGUGGUGUAUGCGGCACGUUAUGAAUAAAGUUGCUGACAAAUUGCCAAAGAACAUGCUUGGUAGUGAACAAUUAAAGAAGGAGCUGAAUGCAUGUGUAUGGUCAGAGUUGAUAGAGCCUGAUGCCUUUGAGGAAACUUGGCAUGCUAUAAUGGAAAGAUAUGGGCUGGCCAAUAAUGUCUGGUUUUCAUCAAUAAUAGCUUCUUCAAAAGGAGUGUCUACCAGUAGAGAUAUUGAAGUAUAUGACAUAAAGGACAAGGAUUCAAACUCAUGGACAGUGACUUACUCCAUUGGUGAUGACACAUAUUUGUGUGGAUGCAAAAAAUUUGAAAGACUUGGUCUAUUGUGCAGCCAUAUAUUUUGUGUGUUGAAAUAUAAUUUUGUUAAGCUGAUACCCGAGAAGUUGUGUGGAGGAAGAUGGUUGAAGUCACAGUUUGUGAAGUCAAUACAUGGAGGUUUUUGUGAUGAUCAAGAAAUACACCUUGCUGUGGACAAGAAGAAGAUUGCAUAUAAAAACUUGUAUGCAUUAUUCAUUGAAACAGCACAAAGCAUUGAAGGGAACAUUGAUAAAAUCAAUGCAUUCGCUGCAAUUAUUGAAGAAGGUAAGAAGCAGCUUCUUGGAGAAGGUGUUGUUUUGUCUUCCACACAGAAGAGCGCAAUGAUUGAGAACUUCUAUGGCUCACAUGUUCCGACCAAUAUUGAAGUUCAUCCUCCUGAUGUUGUUAGUACAAAGGGAAGUGGAAGUAGGCAUAAAUCGAAGAGGGAGUCAGCACUGAAGUUAGCAAUGAAACCAGGCCGAAAGUGUGGAAACUGUCAUGAGAUUGGACACCAUGAUUCUAGGAACUGCAAAAAGGUUCAUGAGAAGGCAAACCAGAGGCAAUGA